AUGUGCCCGCCGCAGCAGGGGCCCACAGGAAUGAAGGCCGCCGGCGCUGCACUGGACUCACCAGGGGGCGAAGAACUCGACGAGCAUGAGGCCCGCAGAGCCCGUGUCGGAGAUGCGACUCUCGAAGUUGUCGUCCCAGACAUGGCCGCUUACCACCAAGAAGGGCAGAUGCAGCUGCCCCGAGCUGAUGCCAUUCGUUCACGUCUCAUCGAUACUUUCUCUCUCAUCGAGCAUUUGCAAGGCUUGAGCCAAGCUGUGCCGCGGCACACUAUCAGGGAGUUACUUGAUCCUUCCCGCCAGAAGAAACUUAUGUUGGGAGAUCAACACCAGCUAGUGCAUUUCUCUAUAAAGCCUCAAUGUAUAGGACGGAUUUCACAUGAGGCUGUUGAGCAGGCUUCAUGUGUGCUGCAGUCAGAGGCCACCUUUUUCUUUGUGGGCCGGAUGGGUCCUUGAGUGUAUCCUUUCAUGUCACUCAUUUUUAUCCUGGCUGUUGAUCAUCUGACUAAUGACUUAUUUUUUGCUCCCCAAACUCCAUUGUAUCAUUCUCACUGCUUAUGUUAUUGUUCUUAUUAUUUCAGCUGCAUAAAUCAGAAAGAACUCCACUCUGUACGUUUCCUUAAGAGAUAACAGGUCCUCUCUUCAA